AUGGGAAUCGUUGCCGCCCUACUGGGGAACGGUGCUGACCCUAACUUUGUCGCUAAGGAUGAGAGCCCUAGUAUAUGGGUAUGGACCUUGACAUUUGCGUUGAAUGCUUAUCAAAAUGAAGCCGACAAGUUAGAUAUGUGGAUGAAUGUUCUUAGACUGAUGGUCACGAAUGGAGCUAGCACGAAGAAGAAUGUUAUCGAAAAGGCUUUGGACGCAGCUAUGAUCAGGACAUCUAAUCUCAAAACUUUGGGCAGAGACUUCGCCAGAAAAAGUAUUCAGGGCACACUGCAGUCAAUGAUGAAUCACAGCGGACCUCUUGAGGAAAGAUUCAGGUUCGACGGAAGAAUUUGGGGGAAUUCUUAA